AUGCGCUCUCUUCUGGCUCGGAUAACUGGGAUACCUCCAGUCCGCGUGAAAAUAAGGCCGGAAUACGAUUAUGUGUUUCUUCGCGGAUAUGGAGAAGAAGCUGUUGGACAGUAUCUCCGAGGUAAAGUCACUCUCUCUGUCCGUGGAGGUGAAAGUGUCAGGGGAGUUCAACUCAGACUGUCUCACCAAAUUUCUCUUUGGGAUCACAAGACAGGGUCUGGUGAUGAAACGAAAGUGGAAGCAUCAGUCGUGAACGAAUGGGAUUCUUUCCUAGUUGAAGGCCAGCCGAGCGAAGUAUCUAGGUCUGGAAGGGUCUACGAAUGGCCCUUUGAGGUGUUCAUCCAAGGCCAUCAAGAGGAGUCUUUCAGGGGGUGCGCCCGUUGCUCCAACACUUAUCGAUUGGAUGUUUUCACCAUCCACGAAGAUUCCUCACAAACACUCCAGGAUUUUAUUCCUAUCCGGAUAAUCCGCUUACCUUCGCUCUCUGCCUACGAGUUGAUGGAUCCUGUCACCGAACAGGGUAAAUGGCUUGGAAAGAUCCAGCACAGUGUGUCACUGGGCCACAAGGCCAUUGCUUUGGGAGGCCUCAUCCCAAUUCACGCAGAGCUGGCUAAAAUCGAGGAUGGAGUCCAAGUAACAAAAGCAAGGUUUUGCCUCUAUGAACACCACAAGACACUGGACGAUGGUGUUGCGUCCUAUGAAGGACGCAGGCUCGUGGAGGAGUGGCCGCUCGAUUUGACCAACACCAACGAGAAGAUUCAAACCUGGGAGCAGUGUUUGAGACUACCAAAGGUAGUCAGGAAGUGCUCGCCGGACCUAGAUGCUUGUGGCGUCAUCAUCAGCCACACACUGCACUUUGCUGUAACGCUGAAGGAGGGCGACACUGAAGCAGACUAUGAAACAUCACUUCCAAUUACGUUGUUUGUCUCCCCAGAGCUACCAAUCAACGGCUGGGGCGCUUUCGUACAGGAGAAUGAUCAGGCCACUAAGGGUGCUCUUGAGGCCUUGUCGGAAGGCAUUCAAGCCCCACCAAGGUAUUGCAAGAUUGACGAGGGAGACAGGCAGUACGAGAUUAUUGUGGAUGCUCCUCCAGCUUACAGCAGGCUGUGA